CCGUAGUGGAUGUAAACAAACACAAAACUCGUCCUGCAUUCCGAUAAUCAGUAAUCUCACGCAGUUAUCGCUGGAAAAGGGAAGCACAAUUACGACAUUCCAGAGCACCAACCACACACGACCAUGUCUGAGGAAACCUCCGAUAGCGAAAGUCAGGACAUCCUGGAGCACAACGAAACGGUCAGAGCACUAUCGGGCGGAUUGCUGCAGAUCUAUGAGCCUAAGCUGAAGGAAGUUAAGGAAAAUUUAAAGGAACUAAUAAACAAACAAAAUGAUCUGCAAAUUGCGAUGACCAGUGAAAAGAAUGCGUUCUCUAGUCGGCAGAUACAGGAGGUGAACGAUAUGGUGCUAAAGACCAAAGCAUACAAAGAGAAGGUUUCACGCAUUAAAAUGCAAAUGCACCAAAUCCAUCAACGGACAAAGAAUCUCAGGGCAAAAGCGUUGGAAAUCCAGGAACUUAAAGUGAACCAAUGCGCAACGAAAUUACAACAAUUGCAUUAUGAAGAAUCGUUGGUGGCAAACAGUAAAAGAACCCCACGAAAAUCGUAAUCCCGUGCACCGAUUUGCAAGAUGAUGCUCAAAGCAGUAGGAGAAGCGUCGUGCCCGUUGGCAUACAGAUGGUUCUUUAAAUACAGGCAGCAGGGGACUAUUGUCCCAUUGGGAAGAUUAGAGACAGAAGUGUGUGUAUCGACAGCUGUCUUCGUAACGAAGCAAUCUAAACAAUUACAAGACGAACGUGAAAUGGAACGAAUAGUGAGAGUUGUCUGAAGGCGCUAGACAUUUUAGCAGCCUCAUUCGAAAUGAGUGUAAACCGUGCCUGAAGGAAUCGUUGUGGGCCAUCGUUGUUGGAGAUCGUGCAUGUGGGUGUGUAUGUGUGCACCAAAAACCAUACUCAGAAUCGUCUCCAAUAUUUUAUCUUCCGAAAAGUGGAAACAUGUUUUGUCUUGGGGUGCUUCACAGUACACAAACACACAACACUACGCACAGUGGUGCAGAGCGAACAGAAACAAUCAAAU